AUGACAUACAUGACGGGAUCCAGACCAACUCCCAAAGUAGCAGCUGGCGAUGAUGGGGAGGACCCAGCUGUAGCCGAAAUCGGCAAAGAAGCAGGGCAAAAUACUGAGAGUUGCCAGAAUCAGACGCCCAGUCUCGGCGUCGACCACUCAGGAGAAGGAACAGAGCAAAGGACAAACAAUCCAGGAUCUGGCAGCAAUGGACCAAUCGGUGCUCGCAAGCCGUUUGCAGCUACUGCACGCCAAACAGCGGUUAGGCAGUUCCUAGCGCUGCGACCUCAAGGAAAUCCCCAGGAGUGCUUCCAAUGA